UCCUCGCUGCAGCUUCUUUUCUUCCGAGUGUUAUAUCUCCCGACUCUUCGCAUGGAUAUCUGCGGCCGCAUUUGUCACACGAUGAGGACUUUGAGUUUCAACUUGGUGAUCACUUUUCUCUAUUUACUCUCCUCGUCUGUCCAAGACAGUCCGACACUUUCUCACUUGCAAAACCAACCAGUUGGUGAAGAUGAACAAGCUGCUGGAGCUUCACUGAAAGUCAAAUACUUCACGAAAGACCUGCAAGUCAUUUCCACAAAGCAGAAAACUCCAGCCUAUGGCACCCUGGGGCCGUACGGGUGGCCUCAGAACUUCUCUCAGGCUCUGGAUCAGUACCUGAAUAGCCCACCCUUGAAGUCAAAACCCCACGUCAAAACCUCCCCGAAGGCGAAGAAGAUCCUCGGGUGGGGCGACUUCUAUUUCAAUGUGAAAACAGUCAAGUUUAGUCUGCUGGUGACUGGGAAGAUCGUGGACCAUAUCAACGGCACCUUCAGCGUCUACUUCCGCCACAACUCCUCACGUCUAGGCAACAUAUCAGUUAGCAUUGUCCCGCCAUCCAAAGCCGUGGGUUGGGACUUCCUGGAUCCUACUGGUGACGCCAUUCCCUCACAGUCCACGGUCUUGGUUCCGGAUCUAACCUCCUCAUCGAUCCCUGUAGAGAAGCAGCAGCAAGACGUGAUGACCGAACUCAACUGCCGCGUCGAGUACCAGAGAACCAACCGGUCCAAAAAAACCAAGCCCUGCCUGUACGACCCGAGUCAGACCUGCUACACGGAAAACACUCAGACUCAAGCCGCCUGGAUCUGCGCCAAACCAUUUAAGGUCAUAUGCAUCUUCAUCGCCUUCACCGGCACCGACUACAGGCUGGUGCAGAAGGUCUGCCCGGACCACAACUUUCAGACGGACCAGAACCAGCAGCACUUUGGCUGAAACUGAAACUGAAAUCCAUCCUUCCAUUCCAAGUCAUUUCACCCUCAUCUCCGUGCAGUUUUUGAACCUCAUGCGUGUAAAUGUUUGAAGCCAAAUAUCUUUUUUGCAGUAGCUUUGCUUGACUGACAAUCUCCU